AUGGCGAAACGGUUUGCAAGCCACACAGAGAGUGAAAUUGAGACAAAACGGGCUACACUUAUACCUACAAACACAAAGAAAAGUAACAAUUCAGCAAGCAAAACCUUCAGAGCAUACUUAAGCGAAAAGGAGCAAGACACAGAUUUUGAGGACGUCUCGAAGCCAAGAUUAGACGAGGCAUUGGGUCAUUUUUAUCUCGAUGCAAGGAAACAGGAUGGGAGUCUUUACAAGACGACAACGCUUGAACAUUUUCCUCACGGACUUAACAGGUAUCUGAAAGCUCCCCUUGUCUCGAAGAAAUUUGAUUUGUUAAAAGAUCAGGACUUCCACGAAUCUAACGAGUGCUUUAAAACUGCUGUGUCCGAUUUAAAAUCAAGUGGGAAAGGAGUAAUAAAUCACCAUAAUGUCAUCUGUCCCUCAGAUAGAGAAAAAAUGUACACGUCGAUACACAUGUCGGCCGUAACACCGGCAGGUCUGGCCAAUAAAGUGCAGUUUGACAUUAGACUAUACUUUUGUAGAAGGGGUUGUGAAAACAUGGAAAAAAUGACGAAAUCAACGUUAAAAGUUAAAACAGACCCAAAAACAAAUCUGAAAUUUGUGACAAAAGACGUUAAUAAGUUAACCAAAAUUCACCGUGACGACAAGGAACUCUACACCGGACACAUGCCAGAAGAACCUGGUUCGCCGUAUUGCCCUGUCAAGUCUUUUGAGAAGUACCUGUCUAAAUCGAAUCCUAAAAACGACAGAUUGUGGCAAUUUCCGUUAGAUUCGUAUUGUGACGAGGAUUAUGUGUGGUAUGCCAACCGUCCCAUUGGAAAAGAUACACUCAGCAAAUGUAUGUCCAACAUGAGCCAGAAGUGUAAACUCUCUCAACAAUAUACAAACCAUUGUAUCCGCGCUACAGCAGCCACCAUUCUCACUCAAAGUAACUUUACAGCGUCACAAAUUAUGGCAAUCACCGGCCAUAAAUCGGUCUCGCUGUGUACCAACGUGUGUCAGACAAUGAAAAAAAAAACUAACAUGGGCAGGGCCAUUGCGAGUGGAAUCUCUCCGACUGCUGGAAAAGAGAACGUGCCUUCCGUUCUGCCUCCCACUGUAAGACUUGCCCUACCCCCAUCACACCAGAAAGUGACGCCAGUUAUUUCCAAUACGGUAGCUACACGUCCUGAUUUUGGUAUUAGCCUUUCCGGUAACAACCAGGAAUUGCCGCCAGAUCUACAAGGUCUUGAACUGGAUCAGCUGUUUAGUGAAAUGUAUGACCCGCACACGACGUCCGCACAGAGCGUAUCGUUAAGGAACUGA